AUGCUCAAGCGUGUUGAUCCAACUAAUCUUAUUUUGAUGACAUAUUUGGCUUUGAUUAAUCCCAAUGAUGAAACAGGUGUUUUGUUGGCCAAACCAAAUGAGGAUUCUUCAAAUAAAUCUCAAGGAACCAAGAAAGAUGAUAAGUCGACUACUAAGCACAUUGUGCAACUUUCCAAAACUACUACUAAGCCUGUUGAGACUACAAUUGUUGAUACUCAUACUGAAACUAUUCCUUUAAAUUUUGGUGUACUUAAAAGAAUCAAGAAGAAAGCUCAUCCUUCCCGAAAGUCUCCAGAAAGGUCUUCAAGUUUUUCUCCAUUCUUCACACGCAAGCCACAUGUCACUCAAAAAGGGGUUAUUAUUCACGAAGUUCAAGCUCUUGUGUCCCCUACCUCAAAGAAACGAAGAGCUACCGAUAUGGACAAACAUAUCUCUAAGAAGAUUAAAAAGAGAAAAUUGACUCCAGUUAUACCACCCGAGGUUUCGUUAACCAAGUCAUUUCAUGAGGAGGUUCGAGCCUCAGGCAUUCUUACACACAUAUCUGAUACGGAUGUAAAUGUCACUAUGGGUGAAAGAGAUUCGAAUAAAGAACAUCCCAUGAUAACUCACGAUAUUAUCAACACUAUUACUAUCAAUACCCUUUUUUACUUACCACCAUUUAUUAUUCCUAUAAUUCCAGUCUCCUCUUCACCAACGUUUACUCAUAUUCUCAAUAAACCCCUCACUUCAUUAUUUUCUUCACAAUCCACUAAUCCACUCAAAUCCAUUGAUGACACUGAGACUGAUGAUGGAGGGUUUGGAGGUACUUUUGAUGAUCUUGAAUUUGAUCAGAAGAAGAAGACAUCCUAG